ACUGACUUUCAGCACCGCCUUGUGGUCCCAGGUUAAGAUUUCACACUGGUAUUUUAAGCCCUGGGGCUCAGAUCUGCGGACACGCUGUGGCUGCGGCCCCGGCCCGCCAGACCACGGGAGUACGCAGCGCGGUUGGUGAGAAACAUCGCGCACUCUGACUUCCACCCCUGGAAGGGGGAAAUGGACUGCACAGUUGGCGGACCCGCGUGGGCUAAUGGACCGCAGGUGGACUGAUGGCUCAGGGACCGGCAGCAACGCGUAUAAAACCAGCCAGCCAGCUAGCCAGAGCCAGGCCAGCACGGUAGACACAGCCCGCUCCCGCCAGGAGGCGGCCGAGCGCCAACUCUACGGUACUGCGCCUGCGCCCAGAACGCCAACGUGUCCACUCUACGCCUGCGCGGCAGUUUUGGGCCUGCUGGAGCUGGAAAAUGGCGGCGUCCGUAGUCUGCCGGGUCGCUGGCACCCGGGCACAAGUGCUGCUGCGCACCAGCCGCUGGCCGGCCCUGCUGCGGACGCCAGCCUUGCGGAGUACAGCAACCUUCGCUCAGGCCCUCCAGUUUGUGCCGGAGACGCAGGUUAGCAAACUGGACAACGGCCUGCGUGUGGCCUCGGAGCAGUCCUCCCAGCCCACUUGUACGGUGGGAGUAUGGAUUGAUGUUGGCAGCCGUUUUGAGACUGAGAAGAACAAUGGGGCAGGCUACUUUGUGGAGCAUCUGGCUUUCAAGGGAACAAAGAAUCGGCCUGGCAGUGCCCUGGAGAAGGAGGUGGAGAGCAUAGGGGCCCAUCUUAAUGCCUACAGCACCCGAGAGCACACAGCUUACUACAUCAAGGCGCUGUCCAAGGAUCUGCCAAAAGUUGUGGAGAUCCUGGGUGACAUUGUGCAGAACUGUAGUCUGGAAGACUCACAGAUCGAGAAGGAACGUGAUGUGAUCCUGCGGGAGAUGCAGGAGAAUGAUGCCUCUAUGCGAGACGUGGUCUUUGACUACCUGCAUGCCACAGCCUUCCAGGGCACAUCUCUAGCCCAGGCUGUGGAGGGGACCAGUGAGAAUGUCAGGAAGCUGUCUCGUGCAGACUUGACUGAGUACCUCAGCAGGCAUUACAAGGCCCCGCGAAUGGUGCUGGCAGCGGCGGGAGGAGUGGAGCACCAGCAGCUGUUAGACCUUGCCCAGAAACACCUUGGUGACGUAUCUUGGCAGUACCCAGAGGAUGCUGUGCCUGCUUUGACUACAUGCCGCUUCACUGGCAGUGAGAUCCGCCACCGUGAUGAUGCUCUACCUUUAGCCCACGUGGCCAUUGCAGUAGAAGGUCCUGGCUGGGCCAACCCGGACAAUGUGGCCUUGCAAGUGGCCAAUGCCAUCAUUGGCCACUAUGACUGCACUUACGGUGGUGGCGUGCACCUGUCCAGCCCACUGGCUUCAGCCGUUGCGGCCAAGAAGCUGUGCCAGAGUUUCCAGACUUUCAACAUCUGCUAUGCAGAAACGGGCUUGCUGGGUGCACACUUUGUCUGUGACCGAAUGAAAAUCGAUGACAUGAUCUAUGUGCUGCAAGGCCAGUGGAUGCGCCUGUGUACCAGUACCACGGAGAGUGCGGUGGCUCGGGGCAAAAAUAUCCUCAGGAAUGCCCUGGUAUCUCAGCUAGACGGCACUACUCCUGUGUGUGAGGACAUCGGACGCAGCCUCUUGACCUAUGGCCGCCGCAUUCCCCUGGCUGAAUGGGAAAGCCGGAUUGCGGAGGUAGAUGCCAGUAUGGUACGUGAGAUCUGCUCCAAGUACUUCUAUGACCAGUGCCCAGCAGUGGCUGGAUAUGGCCCCAUUGAGCAGCUCACAGACUACAACCGGAUCCGUAGCGGCAUGUUCUGGCUGCGCUUCUAGGCAGGAAGCCUGUGUAAGCAAGAGGGUGGGGCUGGGGCUCGUGGUCCCCCCACCACAAAUAGUACUCUGGCUCCUCCAACCUGUGCCACAGGUGACCACCAAUAAAGUCCUCUGCUGAGAAA